AUGUUUCUAAAUAAGUAUUUCCCUGAAGAUAUUCGUAAUAGAAAGGAGAUGGAAUUUGUUAAAUUGGAACAAGGAAAUAUGUCAGUAGUAGAGUAUGCUGCUAAGUUGGAGGAAUUAUCCAGGUACUAUCCACUCUAUGUUGGAGAGGCAGGAGAAAAUUCUAAGUGCAUCAAGUUUGAAAUGGGACUCAGGAUUUAUGAUGAGGAUAGUCGUGCUGAAAAGGCACAUUACCGAAACACUGGAACCAUGAAGGACAAGAGGCCUAUGCAUCAUAAUAGAGGAAAACCUUACUCUUUUCCUCCUAGUAAAUCUGUAAGUCGUCUGAAUUAUCAACAAUACAGUUUUUCAUCUGGAAAAGGAGCUAGUAGUGGUAACGGAAAAAGAAAUGGAAAUAGUUAUAGUUAUGGGAGUGGUAGAGGAAAACCCAAUGGACGAGGAGUUAGUAACGAAAAUAGUAACAACAGGAGUCAAGUCUCGAGCAACAACAAUGGUAAUAAUGGUGAUCCAACUACUCCUAUCCGAUGCCACAGGUGUGGUAAGCAGGGUCACAUGGAAUAUGAAUGUAGAGAUGCUGGAAUUACUUGUUUUAAUUGUCAACAACAAGGCCACAUUAGCACCACAUGCCCCUACCCAAGGAAAACUCCACAACCUGGAAACCAGAGUUCCCAAGCCAGCCAACCUAAAUCCAAUGGAAGAGUCUUUGCCCUCAGUGGUGCAGGAGCGUCUGAGAAAGACAACUUGAUCCAAGGUACAUGUCUCAUAAGUGAUACUCCUUUAUUUAUGCUAUUUGAUUGUGGUGCCACUCAUUCCUUUGUGUCUCUUGACUGUUUAGACGUUUAG